AUGAAAGGUGGCGUUUACCAACAUGACGGUACACUCGAGGUGGAGGACUAUGCGAGGGGAAUCACGGAAAGCUACGAUAACAAAGGGAUCCAAGAUCCGUUCUCGAUCAUUGACCUCGACGUGGUUAAACGCAACCUGGAUCUUUGGAAUAGGGCAUUGCCGUCCGUCAAGGGCUUAUUUUGUUAUCAAUUCAUAUGUCAGCGCUAUGGCACCUGGUUCGUUGAAAUCUCCUCUAAUAACUACUCCCAAUCACGCUUCCUAUCUCCUUCUCUGAACUCUUCGAAGAUGAAGUCUUCACCAUACUACGCCAUCAAAUGUAACCCAGACCUCAACAUCCUGAGAACGCUAUCAGCCCAUGGAGCGUGCUUUGAUUGUGCAAGCCUUCAAGAGAUGGAUACGAUCUUGUCAAAUGGACUAGCAGAUGGUGAAGACAUUAUUCUUGCUCACCCAAUAAAAAGUCGACGUUGUAUAGAGUAUGCUAUCAGGAACGGAGUCACAUUAAUGACUUUUGACAGCGUCGAAGAGUUGAGGAAAAUUGUCAGCACUACUAGUAAGGCGAUGCUGAUACUGCGUAUCAGAGUAUCGGGGUUUGAGUCGCUUGUAGACUUGAACAAAAAGUUCGGAGCUGAUGAAACCACCAGCAAGCUCAUACUUCACGAAGCAGCGAGACUUGGAGCAAAAAUCCAUGGAAUCAGCUUCCAUAUCGGUUCCGGUGUCGAAAACUGCCAACCAUUGGCACUUUCACUUGCGAACGCCCGGAAUCUUCUUGAUUAUGGUCGGAUGUUGGGCCAUCCUAUCAGUAUCCUCGAUAUUGGAGGCGGAUUUAUGAAUUCAAGUCCACAAAAAUUCUUGAAGGUUGGCAACUUUAUCGAGAACACGCUCAGUUCAUGCUUCGAGGGUAUCUCGAUUACAGUAAUCGCAGAACCUGGCCGAUUUCUCGUACCGAUGCCCAAUACGUCGUCGCCUGCAAUAUCUUCGACCGUUCUACAGAUUUUUAUCAAUGAGGCGUGUAUGGCACAUUCAAUUUUGUUCUUACAGAGCAAAGGAAAGUUCACGGAAACCACUUUUGGUAAGUUUCUGGCUACAUUCCGGAUAAGAGGGAAGGGUCCAUGCGAGCGGAUAUAUGGGGACCUACGUGUUGCAGUUUUGACAUCAUAG